AUGGCCCAUAGCAUGAUACUUACUGCCAGUUCCUAUCCCUUACCCUUCCCAUUACAUAAACAACCAGCCUCCAUUAACUCAUUUCGACUCCGAACAACACCUGAACUAUCAUAUAUUAUCGGCGAACAGACAGACAACAUGUGUAGAGGUUUUCAGCACAGCGAGAGAGAACGCUUGAACAUCAAAGCAUUCUACAUCUAUAUAUCGGCUCCAACUACCCACACAGCCUUACCCGAUUCACUUACACUCUAUUACCUUCCUCGUAUAAAUGGAAGUCCGUUGGAGAUUGAUGAUUCCAAAAUCCGACCCGAUUCGCCUGGAUUUGUAACUCUUCAUCGUGUCGUUUCGUCUCAGGCGGUGGAGAAUGGAGCGGUAUUUGGUAGCAGAGAGAGAGUUAGAGCAAGCGAAGGGGUUAGGUUUGAGGUGUACUUGAGGGAAGACAAGGUCUUGAAGGGGAAUUUUAGGAAGGACGAGGGUGAUGAGUGGAAAAUGGAGUGCAAGUGUGGGCUUGAGAACGAAAUUGUGGGUGUUGAGGUGAGGGAAAUGGAGGUGUGUGUGGCGGUGGAUGGACAGGCGGUGGGGAUGAUGACUGAGAAGGUGGAGAUGGUGGUGCAAAGGAAGAGGAGAGGAAGGUGUUUUGUGGGGUUGGAGGAGAUACCGGAAGAGAGAGAGCUGGAGUGUGAAUCGGAAGGUGAGAAUUGCUGUUGUUGUUGUGGGGAGGAGAGAGAAAAAGCAUCAGAUGGUGGAGAUAGCGAGGAGGGAAUGGAGGUGGAGAUGGAAAUAGAGGGAGUAAGAUGGGCGGUUGACGUGGGGAUUUGGGUGGUGUGCUUGGGCAUGGGGUAUUUGGUAUCCAAAGCUUCUUCAAAGAGACUAAGGCGCAGAAGACUGCUAUGA